UUUUCUUUUUUAUUUUUUUUUAUUUUUUAAUCUGCCGAUUACUAUGUUGCUGCUCAUUGGCCGAGGAUUGCUGGAUCCGAGCCUCGAAAGUAAACCUGUGUGUCGGGCAGGAUCUACCAUUUGCAUUCGACCGUUUUAUGAACACUUUGAUUCGUCGCCGGAGAAAUUGUCGCCGCCUCCUCCGUUUCAGGCCCCUCUCGGCCACCGCCGGUACUGAAUCCGACGCACCGCCCAUCGAAAUCCCCGGUCCGGGGGGCCGUUAUGUCGACAAGGUGGCGAUUUUGCACGACGGGUUGCGUUCAUGCGCAAGAACGGGUUCGACCAUGGAGGCCAGCGCCUGCCACGCGCGGGUCAUCCGUUUGGGGUUGGAAUCCGACGUCUUGGUCUCGAACAUGGUCAUCAAUGGGUACUCGAAGUGCGGGGUCACGAGCCUCGCCCGGAAGAUGUUUGAGGAAAUGCCUUAUAGGAACUUGGUUUCCUGGAAUACCAUGAUCAGCUCUCACUGCCGGAAUGGGGAAGAGCGGGAAGCUCUCAUUCUUUUCGUGCGGAUGCAGAGGGACGGCACGCAAUUUGGCGAAUUUACCGUUUCUAGUGUUCUUUGUGCUUGUGCUGGUACGGGUGCCGUGCUCGAGUGUAAACAGCUGCACGCUUUUGCCGCGAAGAGUGCUACGGAUUCUAACGUUUUUGUUGCGACGGCGCUGCUUGAUGUUUAUGCGAAAUGUGGGUUGAUAGGGGAUGCAAGGUUGGUUUUUGAGUUUAUGCAAGAGAGGAGCGAUGUAACAUGGAGUUCAAUGAUGGCGGGAUAUGUGCAAAACGACAUGUAUGAGGAAGCCUUGUCGCUGUCUUAUAGGGCUCAGGUGGUGGGGCUAAAAUAUGACCACUUUAUGGUUUCUUCUGCAAUUUCUGCUUGUGCAGGUCUGGCGGCUCUUAUUGAAGGAAAACAGUUUCAUGCCAUCAUAUGUAAAUCUGGGUUUGGUUCCAAUAUCUUUGUGUGCUCCUCUCUCAUUGACAUGUAUGCUAAAUGUGGCGCUGUUAGAGAGGCUUCUCUUGUGUUUUCAGGUGCAGAAGAGAAGAACGUUGCUCUGAUGAAUGCAAUGAUAUCGGGUUUUGCGAAACAUGCACGGUCCUUGGAAGCAAUGAUUUUAUAUGAGAAGAUGCAGCAGAUGGGUAUAUAUCCAAAUGAAGUGACCUAUGUUUCUAUGUUAUCUGCUUGCAGUCACGUGGGUUUGGUUGAAAAUGGACGGAAGUACUUUGAUUUAAUGACUAGAGAUCAUAACGUGUUUCCAAACGUCCUUCAUUAUUCAUGCAUGGUUGACAUUCUUGGUCGGGCUGGGUCGGUUGAUGAAGCAUAUGAUCUGAUCAUUCGAAUGCCCUUUGAUGCCACUCCUUCGAUUUGGGGAUCACUGUUGGCCUCUUGCAGGAUCAGUGGAAAUCUGGGCAUCGCUGAGGUUGCAGCCAAGAAGUUAUUUGAGCUUGAGCCUCAUAAUGCUGGAAAUCAUAUCUUGCUAUCUAAUACAUAUGCAGCGAAUAAGAUGUGGGAUGGAGUUUCUACAGCUAGGAAACUCCUAAAAGAUAGUGAGGUGAAGAAAGAGAAGGGUAAGAGUUGGAUUGAACUCAAGGAUAAGGUCCAUUCUUUUGUGGUCGGGGACAGAUUACAUCCCAAGAUUGCUCAUGUUUAUCUGAAGUUGGAUGAUUUGUUUAGAGAGGUGGAGAGACGGGGCUAUAUAGCUGAAAUUGAACAUGACCUUCAUGACUUGGAGGUGAUAAAAAAACAAGAGCUUUUAAGGCAUCACAGUGAGAAGCUAGCUCUUGCUUUUGGCUUGUUGUGCUUACCUCCAAGUGCACCUAUUAGAAUUAUGAAGAAUCUCAGAAUUUGUGUAGAUUGUCAUUCCUUUAUGAAGAUUGCAUCAGGCGUCACAAACAGAGAGAUUAUCGUGAGAGAUACAAACAGAUUUCACCACUUUAGUGGUGGAUAUUGUUCUUGCGCAGAUUUUUGGUGAAGAUGCUAAUGAGCUCAGAACUCUCCAAUUUGGUGGAAGGACCUUUUAUCAGUGAAAGGAGUAACUGGACUUGGGGUGCAUACUCUGGUGGAAAAGCUAGCAUUGCAUUACGGUACUUCUCAAGGUGUUACAGCAAACUGUAGUUGCUAGCUUCUUCAUCCUCUUCCUCCGCAAUCUUUCAGAUCAAUCAAUAAUUGGACCUGCAAAACGUGUUUCAUCAACUUUCUCUUACCAAAAGACCCCGUGUCACUGGAGUUGAUCAACACUGGGAGCUGUAGAACAUCUUUUAUGUGAUGCCAAUCCAGAUGAGAGGUUAUGUGGGCAUCUGGUCUCUCCAUCUUACUAGAAAAGAGUUUUCUAAAAUAUAUUAAUGUUCUUUUUGUGAUGAGACCACCAUUGUUCACCAUUUAAGCUUUGCAUGAUUUUGUAUAGCAAUCUUCAAAAGUUAAGCUCAAGUUCAUUUUUCCUCUCUAUCCUGCAUUUGGUCCUCGGAACGUUUCCUCUUACAAUCGGCAAAUAUUAGCCUUGUCUUACUUUGUUUACUCCUUGAGUAUGUGUUUAUUGUUCUAGUUGAUUUCUUUGUGCCGGGGAAAUAUUAAGAUGAAAAUGAUUAUUUGAGGUAUGGGGACAAAGAAAUUAACUAGAAAAUUUUCAAAUACCAGUGUGUAGUUAGCUUGAAUACAUUCCUGGUUGAAAAGAGCGUAUUGCCUUCACGGUUGUUGGAAUGAUGUGAAAUGGAUAUGUAUCAGUAAAAAGAUAGGUGUGGCUUUGAGAUAGUUUGGUCAUAUUGUAACCUUCAGAUGCUUUAGGGGGAGAUGUAACCAAGGGCUGCAAAUGCAGGUUAGAAGGGUGCGGUAAAGAUUUGGAAGGAUUUGAAAGGAGACAAUAGGGAGAGACUGGAUUGGGACAACUUUUGGAGGACACAAAGAAGAGAGGCUUUACAGAAUUGGGGGAAGAUGAAAAAUCUGCUGGCCUAGACUUAACUCUUAGUCUACCAACCCAAGAGGGCGAUCAAGCAGAGGGCGAUCAAGCAGAUCAAGUUUCACCUCAGUUAGGGUCAUCUUCAGGCAUGCAGUCGGAUCCUAAGUCAGAAAAAGUUAGUGCCGAUGGUGAUGAGCCUAGAGAGAUUUCGUUAAUUGCGAUGGGAUGUAUACAUUGCCGGAUAUAUGUGAUGGCCAGCGAAAUAGAUCCAACAUGCCCAAAUUGUGACAGUUUCGUCUUGCUUGACCAGUUUCGUGGGGACCCAGCUAAGAGCAUGAGGAAGAUGUAGCCUCAUUCAUAUUUCUUAAUUUCAAGUCGAGGAAGCUCUUGGUGCCAGACAACUUCCUUUGGUGUUGCUUGUUUCAACAUUAUUAUCCUUUUCUUGUCAUUGUUGGUCUUUGUCCUUAUGUGAACUGUUGUGUGUAUUUUGUUAUGUGUUACCUUUGUGUGGUUGAGGCACCUAAUAAUACAAUAUGUGGUUUAUUUUGAA